AUGAUUGCUCGAGCUGCACGGCUCUCAGUCGCUCGGCGGCAUCUGUCCGCUCGGUAUCUCUCGACUCGCGCUGAACGUGUACUUGCAGCUGUCAAUCUGCCUACGGAUGGUGGAGAGAUCGCUGGAGUAUAUGACGGCUCGUGGAAAGGCUCCGGCCCUGCGCAGGUCUCAAAGUGUCCUGCUACAGGGGAAGUCCUCGCCCACGUUAGAACAGGAACGGUGAAGGAGACUGAGGAGACCAUCCGAAAGACCAAAGAAGCCGGUAAAGCUAUCAGAGCCAUGCCUGCCCCGAAACGAGGAGAAGUCAUCAGACAGAUGAGAGAGGCCCUCGCGAGUAAAGUUGGAGAGCUUGGGGAUCUUGUCAGUUUGGAAAUGGGAAAGAUCAAGAGUGAAGGGAAGGGAGAGGUACAAGAGGCCGUGGAUAUCUGCGAUUACGCAACUGGACUUUCUCGAUCUAUGGCUGGUCGAGUGUUGCCUUCCGAGCGUCCUAAUCAUGUAAUCUACGAAAUCCCAAAUCCUCUAGGUGUAGUAGGCAUUCUUACCGCCUUUAACUUCCCUGUCGCUGUGCAUGUACGUGAUUUCGCGACGAACAUGGCUAUUGCUAUGGCUGCUGGAAACGCAUGUCUUUGGAAACCUGCCCCUUCAACUCCCCUAUGUGCUAUCGCCGUUACCAAGCUCUUGACACCGAUCCUCGAGAAGAACGGAUUACCAGGCGCCGCCAUGUCUUUGGUAUGUGGCGAUGUGGAUGUCGGCAAGAGUAUCGUGGCCAGCAGGGAUGUCGACCUUUUGAGCUUCACUGGAAGUGAAAAGGUUGGUCAGAUUGUCGCCGUAGAGGUCCAGAAGCGGUCGGGCAAGGUUCUGCUCGAAUUAGGAGGAAACAAUGCUGCUAUCGUAGACAAGGAUGCUGAUCUCGAUUUGGCGCUGCAAGCCGUCCUAUUCGCUGCCGUUGGUACUGCCGGACAGCGAUGUACGACUACGAGACGGCUGUUCCUUCACAAAUCUAUUGCUUCCAAGUUCUUGUCCCGCCUUUUGCCCCUCUACGACAGUGACAAGCUGCCGGUUGGCGAUCCAUUGAAUCCCAAAACCUUGAUCGGACCAAUGCACAGCCAAGGAGGAGUUACGAGCUACAUGAAAACUCUGGAAGGCAUCAAAUCACGCGGCGGACAAGUCUUGACGAAACGAUCAGGACCGAUCGACAAUGUCACCGGGUUCAAAGAGGGUAGCGGCGGAAAUUGGGUUUGGCCAACAGUUGUCAGACUCAAGGCAGACGAUCCAUCCUGGAAGGAAGAGACGUUUGCGCCUAUCCUCCAGGUUGCCGAGUUUGAUACGCUUGAAGAGGCCAUCGAAUUGAACAACUCGGUACCUCAGGGUCUCUCAUCAUCUCUCUUCACCAACUCCAUCCGCUCGAUGGGACAGUGGCUGGGCCCCGAGGGCAGUGACUGUGGUAUCACAAAUAUCAACGUCGGUACGUCUGGAGCGGAGAUCGGCGCAGCAUUCGGCGGGAACAAAUCUACCGGUUGGGGUCGUGAAUCAGGCGGGGAUGCUUGGCAUCAGUAUGUUCGAUGGUCCGCUGCGACCGUCAACUAUUCCGACAAGAUGCCCCUGGCUCAAGGUGUGGAUUUCGGCUUUGGAUCGUCAUAG